CUGGUUUGUUCGAUGGUAUAUUGCUGCUUAUGUUGGAUAUGGUUGAGACGUGAAAAUAGUCGCAGAAUUUCAAUUUUUAACUCAACACGGGCGACAGAAUGACGACGAACGACACGGCCUUGAUCUACCACACGAAUUAUAUCCGUAAUAGUCGUGCAGUGGGUGUUUUGUGGGGGAUAUUUACCAUUUGCUACGCAAUCAUCGCUGUUGUUGUGGUGAUUCAGCCAUUUUGGAUCGGCGAUUCGACAGAGACUCCGGCUGUUGGGCAUUUCGGUUUAUACAGUUACUGCGUCGGUUAUGGGAUAUCUGGCGAUGUUAAGUGUGUCGAAGACUUUGACUUCGGAAAUAUACCAUCAGGGUACUGGCAGGCUGCCACUAUUUUCGCCGGCGUGUCCACUCUCUUGAUACUGACUUCUAUUAUCUGUAUGCUGUUAUUUCUUUUCGUGAACACAGCCAGAGUUUUUAAAAUAUGUGCGUGGCAGCAAGUAAUUUCAGCACUUCUUUUAUUGGUCUGUAUACUGCUAUAUCCAGCUGGCUGGGACGAUAGCAACACUGAAGUACAUCGUCUGUGUUCAAGUGAUGUCUACGAUAUUGGGAAGUGUCAAAUCAGAUGGGCUUACAUACUGGCAAUUAUCGGUGUAUUUGAUGCCGCUAUACUCGGCACACUGGCGUUCAUCCUUGCAAGUCGACAGGACAAAUUAUUACCUGAACACCUAUAUCACCCAGAAAUGCAUGGGCACAAAGGUUCAUAUGCAAGCCCUGGUUCCUCAUUAGGUCGUCAGUCCAAACAAUCAUUCAACCUUCAUCCUGUGCCAGCCGGCGAGAACCGCAUCGACGAUGAUGUAAGCAGUCGACACAGCAAACAGAACGGAUCAAUUGGCAAGAGAAGCAAUGCCGGCAGUAGCAUCGGCAGACGUAGCACACAUAGCAUAGCCCUUGGUCCUGAUGGUGAUGUGGGUUCGAAUGAAUCACUGAGCAGGCGAAGCGUGGGUAGCAAUAAAAGUAAUGUCAGUUCCAAAGAGCUAACUACAGCUGAUAUAGCAUUGUAAUAACAAUUAACAGAAAUAUUCACAUUAUUACACUGCUUAGUUUAAAAAUGUGGAUAUAUUGUUUGUGGUCGGCAUCUGCCCUGUAAUAUUAUUUGUGUCUGUUGCCACCAAGAAUGGUUAACACAUUGGGCUCCACACCAGUUUUAUAACGUACAAAAAUGGACAGCAUUCGACUCUAUGGUGCCAAAUGUGUUACGUCAUGGAGUGUAUGUAAUAUUGUUAUAUACAUGGGUACUUCAGAUCUAUUGAUAUAAGUGAGGAGUUUUUAUUUAUCUCUAAUAUGUCUGGUAAUGUUUGCCACUACAUGCAUUGUUUA